CAGAUGUAAACAAAUAAAUUUCUGUCAAAAUCCUGUUCCUUUUACCGUUUCACUUUAUAAAUAUUGUGCAUCAUUCAAUCAACUGUGUAUCAUCAUUUCACACUUCAAAGAUGGACAGUUUCAAUGCCAAGAAAGAUAGAGCGAAGAAAAUGAAGAAAGACAAAGUCCACAGCAAAGCGCGCAAGAAGAAGGGAAGUGCAAAUGAAGUCAGCAAGAGCAGACCCAAUGAUACAGUUACAAACACUAACAGGAGCACUAAAGUAGCAGAUGAAGAAGAAUCCAACUCUUCAGGUUCAGACAGUGAAGAAUAUGAAUCACAAAAAUAUGCUCGAUCGAAAAUUGUUUCAAAUCAAUCGUAUUAUGAUAAAAGUUUACCAGAUGUUGAUCCAGAGCCUUGCGCAGCUAGUUUAGAAGAAUUGGCAGCAGCUGAUGAUGUGACAGGUGGCAUUUUCCAGUUUAAAGGGGAAGCUGAUUGGGCAUCCUGCCCAGAAAAUAUCAGUAAUCAAUAUUUUCACAUCGACUUAAAGCAACUUGCCUCGAGUCUUUCAGCCGUGCCUUUUUAUGAUCGUGUCAAUCUUUUUCAUGAUUUUUUUACGUCUGAUGAGAAACAAGAAAUGGACAUCAAGGCCGAACAACAGUUCAAACUCCACUCUCAGAAUCUUGGUUCAACAAAAAAUAUGAAAGAUUUGGAUCAGCUGCUGUCCAGUGUCAAAAAGCAACAAAAUAAAGCAGUAGAACCUCCAAAGACUGUUUCAGAGCCAGACUAUGACAAUGUUUCAGCGCUCACUGCCCAGUUCAAAAACGUCCGUUCUGAUCUAACUGAUCUUCUAUUCUCCAGUGAGGCUCAGUCAGUCUCAACACCCAAUCCGUCUGAAAAACCACAGAUUCCAAAAGAAGAAACCAACUGCUCUGCUCAAGAAGAAACAGAGGAUCUCAAUGAAUGGCUGGACUCCAUUCUUGAUGAUUGAGAAAAUCUUCAUGCCUUUGAAGGGGGCCUCUCCCAAGAAUCAUCGUAACUCCUUAGUUGAUGCAGGACCAUCUUCUUGAGUAUUAUGUGACGAGAUCUAAUUAAAAGCUACUUUAACGCCAACAAAUUAUUAGUGCAGUAGCAGCUUGAGACAUGAAAGAAAGGUUAAAAUUGUUUUGCCAUAUAUUUAUCAUUGAAUAACUGCUGAUUCAGGCUGUUGUUCAUUAUUUCUGCUAUUGACCGAAUUUUUUCGGAAAGAAAUUUGAAAUUUUUUUCUCUCUUGUGUCUUGCCAGUUGUAAAGAGACAAUAAUAAGCCAGUGGCCUGAUUGUUGAAAUUCACGCCAAUGCAUGAAGACAUCGAAAAUUGAUUUAUAACAUGGCACAGGUAGUGGCAGGCAAACUAAACCCAAUGAGGUUUUUGAAAAGCCUCAUUGUUUGAUUCAUUGCCAUGAAAGCUUAUGAAGUAACUUUUAAUAAUUACUUGGUUCAGAUUCCUAUCAUAAAGCAUAAGAUGCAUAAAUUGUAUAAAAAGGUAUUGUUUUAUCCUAAGAACUCUUGAUUUGGAGAAAAGUAGCAAUGUAUUUAGUGACCCAUGGCUAAUUGGGCAAAUUUUAUAUGAAGCAUGAAUAUUUUUGGAAUGAGGACUUUUCAUAAGCGUAAAGUAUCUCAUGUAAAUUACUUUUACGAAGGGACAAUGUAAAAUUUGGCUGAGAUUGUCACAACUGUGCCGAUAUACUUUAUUCUAUGACUGUGAUGAUUAUUUAUUAAAUUUCAAGUGGAAAACAAUAAAAAUAUUUAUUUUUUA